AUGAACCUGCAUGGUGGCAAUGUGUCAGAGUUGAUCUCUAGCACCGUCACAGCCGUCACCACUCUGGGGUCUAACCCCUGGCCUCCACGUGAGGAAAGUGGCCUCCAAAGCAGUAAUGCCACGAACCUGGGCUGCCAGAGCAAUGCACAGCUGGGGAACUGGUCACACCAUAACGUGGUAGGAGUCUAUGGGUCUCAGUGUCCUCCGCCGGAGCAGCUGGUGGAGAAAAACUGGGCAGCACUGCUGAUUUUAGUGGUCAUUGCUGUCACGGUCAUGGGCAACAUCCUGGUGAUCCUGGCGGUCUCCCUGGAGAAGAAACUGCAGAAUGCCACAAACUACUUCUUGAUGUCACUGGCAGUAGCUGACAUGCUUCUCGGCAUCUUGGUCAUGCCGGUUUCCAUGGUGACCAUUCUCUAUGAUUAUGGCUGGCCCCUGCCUUCUGAUCUUUGCCCCAUCUGGAUCUACCUGGACGUCCUGUUCUCCACAGCAUCCAUCAUGCACCUCUGUGCCAUCUCUCUGGAUAGAUACAUCGCCAUACGUAAUCCAAUCCACCACAGCCGUUUCAACUCUCACACCAAGGCCCGCAUCAAGAUCAUGGCAGUGUGGACCAUUUCAGUGGGGAUCUCGAUGCCGAUUCCUGUGCUGGGACUCAGAGACCACUCCAAGGUCUUCAAAGAUGGCAGCUGUCUGCUGACAGAUAACAAUUUUGUGCUGGUCGGCUCCUUUGUGGCCUUCUUUGUUCCCCUCACGAUCAUGGUCGUCACCUAUUUCCUGACCAUCAACGCCCUGCAGAAUGAAGCCACCCUCUGCCUGGACCAGCUGGUCCCUCGGCCCAAAUGGAGCACAACCUUCACUCUGAGUUUCUUUCCACAAACCUCUCUGUCCUCCGAGAAACUCCUCAGGCGAUCGAUUAGCCGUGACACCGGAGGCAGAGGAAGCACCGGUGGGUUGGGUGGUGCCCGCGGGAGCAUCUCUGGCUCUAUCUUUGGGCGCCGCACCAUGCAGUCGAUCAGCAACGAGCAGAAGGCUUCUAAGGUCCUAGGGGUGGUGUUUUUUCUCUUUGUGGUUAUGUGGUGCCCGUUUUUCAUCACCAACGUGCUGGUGGUGGUGUGUGACCCUAACGUGUGCGAUGCAGGAGUAAUGGGAGGUCUGCUGAAUGUUUUCGUCUGGGUAGGCUACUUGUCCUCUGCGGUCAAUCCACUGGUCUACACGUUGUUCAAUAAAACAUACCGCGCUGCAUUCCUGCGCUAUGUUCGCUGCCAGUACCAGCCAGAGAAGAAGCCUCUUCAGCUUAUACUGGUGAACACCAUCCCACCACUGGCUUACAGCUCCACCCAGCUACCCUUGGGAGACGUGGAGAAGUUACGAAAUGGAGUGGCACACUGUAGUGGCGGAGUGAAGGAGUUCUCUUUACCUGGACAGGAAACGGAGAAGUCCAGGCAGGACAAAGGCCACGGAGACAAAGACGAGAGCUGUGUGUGA